UCACAGCCACAGGGAUACACUCCGCUUCACACCCAGACUCACAAGCGUUCACCACUUCACAUCGUCACCCCCCAGCCCCUCACCAUUGCUCGCAACCCCUGCCUGGUCCCGGGCUCUGCUCCCGGGGGUGGGUCCGGGGCCUGGGCGGAGCCGCUGCCGGGCGCUGGAAUGUGCGGAAUGGGGAGAGCGGAGAGCCCGGGGCUGCCGGGGACCUGCCGGGGCUGGAGGGAGCCGGAGCAGCGCACGGGACCCCGAAACGCAGCGCUGCGCCCCAGCAGCUCAGGAGGAAGCAUCUCGGUGGAGGGCUUGGCGUGAGCUCUGGAGGGUGGAGACCUAUUGAACCCGGUGGUGAACGGUCCUAGAGGGCUGGAUGCCCCGUCAGACUGGGCAUCCCCUCACGUGAUAUCCCGGAGUUGCCUGAGGCCUAAGCCGAGGUGACCAUGGACUUGGCCAAGGAGACGCUCAGGAAGGAGCUGGAGGAGGAGCUGAAGCUCAGCACAGACGAGCUGCGGAGCCAUGCGUGGUACCACGGCUGCCUGCCACGGGAGGAGGCCGAGUCCCUGCUAGGGGAGGAUGGGGAUUUCCUGAUCCGGGACUCAGGCUCCAGCCAGGGGGACUACGUGCUGUCAUGCCGCUGGCAGGGCCAGACCCUGCACUUCAAGAUCAUCCGGGUGGUGCUGCGCCCUCGCCUGGGCUACUCCCGCACCCUCUUCCAGUUCGAGCAGGACCAGUUUGACAACGUGCCAGCCCUGGUGCGCUUCUACGUGGGCAACCGCACACCUGUCUCAGAGACCUCGGGCGCUGUGAUCUCCCAGCCCGUCAACCGGGACGUGCCGCUGCGCUGGCUGCAGGAGCGCUACGGGGCCACUGGCCGGCUCUGUCUGGACGGGCAUGAGCCGGCCAAGGGGGACGCGGCUCCCCGCAGACUCAGCCUCCGCAGACUCACCGCUGGGGAGAGGGUGACAGACGGGAACCUGCUCCGAGUGAAAGACAGGAGUGGGAGCCACCCCACCGGGCUGGAUCAGCUGGGCCAGAGACCCUCCCUCUACACAGCGCAGUCAGACAGUAACCUACGGACAGGCAGCCCAGAAGCUCCAGUCGGCACCCAGGAACGGAGUGAGCUCCCGCCCCCCUCGCCCGUCUUCCGCACUGGCAGCGACCCUGUGCUGCGACCCACCGCCCCCCGGUGCCUGGACCCCGAGGGGGGUGCAGCGCUGAGCGGCUCGGAGGGGCAGCUGCACUCCAAGGCUCCCCCCAAGCCCCUGCGGGCCCCCUCCAUGCUGGUGGGCGACGCCUCCCAGGAGCAGCUCAGCACCUACUGUGAGCUGGUGCCCAAAGCCCCGGCCGGCCUGCGGAGCCAUGUGGCUCGGCUGCACACCGAGGAGAAGUGGCGUGGCCGGGCCCGGGCCACGGACACGGCCUUCGGCUUCCUCGAGGAUGAGGUGGUGCCGCUCCCCCGGCCACGCCACUAUGAGGAGGAGAUGGAGGGCUUUGUGCGCCCCCUACUGGAGACAGCCUCCUCCUUCCAGCCCCACAGCUUCCACUCGCUCCUCCUGCCCCACGACAACAAACCCUUGGAGCCCGGCGCCCUCAAACGGCUCAAGGACCUUUUCGACCGACAUGACUGCCGGACCAUGGCCCUGCACAUCCUCUACAUAGACUGUCUGGCUGGCAGGAUCACCGGGGUGACCAGGGAGCAGGAGCGGGCGAUGGGGGUGAGCUCGGGUCUGGAGCUGAUCACCCUGCCUCAUGGGCACCAGCUGCGCCUGGACCUGUUGGAAAGGUACCGGCCUGGGAGAGCAGGGUGUGGGGACAAAGGCUGCGGGAUGAGGCGUAGCAGUGUUGAAAUGCGGCUGCCUCUGGGGGAGGGCAUGAGGGUGGCUAAACAGCUGCACAGCAGGAUUUGCACUGGCAGGAGGAGGAGCUGGAGUCUAAAGCCGCAGGGGAAAAUUAGAAUAAAACACGGCCGGGGCAUGGCUGGGUAAAGCCUUUACAGACCACAGAACAGGGUAAGACUUAAGGUCUUGUCUACAUGAACAUUUAGUUUGCAGCAAGCUAGGAUGGGAGCCUCCCUCCCCCACAAACCCCCAGCCUGCCUGUGCGCUCUGUCCCUGUGCACCCAGGUGACGUGCAGUACCAGCUCAUGAAUGCGCUUUGCUCUAGUGCUCUUUGAAACACGACUGGAUCAACGCGCACUAACCAACAUCUAGUGGGCACCAGCAGGGAUGGGGCGGGCUGGUCUACGCUCAGAACACGGUGGCUGGCGCUGUAAUGAAAUUGCUCUAUGCUGACGGGAGAGAGUUUCUCCCAUCAGCAUAGUUAAUCCACUUCCAUGAGAGGCGGUAGCAUCCCUGCCGUCCACACAGCGCUGUCUAUGCCGGCAUAGCUGUGUCACUCGGGGGGCAGAGGGAGUGGUUCACACCCGAGUGCCAUGGUUACACUGUUACCGGUGUGUAGUGCAGACCAGAUCUUAGAGCGUGGCUGGCUGGGGUAAGUUCUCACCCCCAGCGUGCUGCGAACUAAAUGUUUGUGUAGACAAGCUCAGGGCCUCGUGAAAGAUGGCAAAGCGCCUCCUAGCACUGUGGUGCAGUCUUGCGAUCUGCACUCACUGCCCCCUCCUGAAACCCCCACUCCCUG